AUGGAUAUUAUAAUAACUGCACUUGGUGAACUGGUUUGGGCAUCAUCGUGUGCUUUAGUAAAUUUUUGUCUGACUUCCGGUCUUAGUGUUCUCGCCGUAUUCGUCUCAUUUCUUUGUGCUAUACUUGCAUCAGCUUUUUAUAAAUAUUCGGCAAACCACCCACAACUGCCAUUUGAUGAUUCUACAUGUGCUCUUAUCAAUCACGUUGACGAAGAUUUAGACAAGUCUGAUACAAUAACAUCAACGACAGAACAAACCAUAGAAUCAUCAUUACCAUUAAUCACAACUGACAAAGCAAAUAAUACUACUAAUAUUGGAUCAUUAUCAGACAUUGACAUAUGUUUGGAAAAAAAUACAGAUGAACAUGAAGUAGAUAGCGAACAAACAUCAAAUAUGUUAAUUGAUUCAAUUGAAGGUUCCGAAGAAGAAAUUCAAAAACAACAAAUAGCUAAUAUUUAUCGUCUAUUAAAUGAUCAAAAUUUAGCUAAUAAUUGGACAACAACUGAUUUUCUUGAUCAAUUAAAAAUGUACGGAUUUCAGUCAUAUGAAGAAAAUGAACUAGAAUUAUCUUAA